AAUUAACUGGUCUAAAGUAUGACGAUGGAGAUGGCUUUGUAUGCUAGAAAGAAGACCGAGCUCAUCACAAAUUUUUCAAUUGAGGUAGUCUCAACAUUUCUGUUGAACACACAAAUUAACACGAAUCUUGUCUUGAGUAUCAUUUUACCGUCAGUAUCUCUAAGGGAUUAUUUCAAGCAAACUAUACAAAUUCCACCGCAAAUCGUUACCUACUCAUGUUGUUUGAUUCGUUGGGAAUAUUCGAAGCCCGGUAGUCUACCUUCGACCGUAACAAGUUUUUAUUAAAGCCAGCAACCUGGCGGAUCCGACCUGCAACCCUAUCCAGUUUGUAUCUCAGGAUGCCUGUCAACCGGGCAGCCUGUUCAAGCGGGAGAGAGAAAACUGUCAACAUGCCCAAGCUGAUAUGUUCCAGCAAGUACCGCAAGUACCACAAGCCAAGGGUUCGACUUCAGAUGUGGACUAUAGUAACUUGGAUAUCAUAAAAGCUACUCAGAAUGGAGCAUUAGAAAGGUGUAAGCAGCUUAUUGAUGAGGGUUUUGAUAUAAAUCAAAGAGACACUGAAAAUGUGACUCUGCUGCAUUGGGCUGCAAUCAAUAAUCGUAAAGAAAUAAUCCGCUUUUACAUAUCCCGUGGGGCACUAGUUGAUGCUGUUGGUGGGGAUUUGAUGGCCACUCCUCUGCAUUGGGCAACAAGGGCAGGACAUUUGGGAGCUGUAGUGCUUCUGAUGCAACAUGGUGCAGAUCCCUUAAUAUGUGAUGGUGAUGGACUGCAGUGCAUUCACAUUGCUGCCCAAUUAGGAUUUGCAGGGAUCAUGGCAUAUUUCAUUGCUAAGGGCGCCAACAUGGAUGGACAAGAUCGAGGUGGAAUGACACCCCUCAUGUGGAGCGCAUACCGAGUCACCAGGUGCGCAAGUUCAAGUCUGGAUCCAACUCGUAUGCUGUUAACUCUUGGAGCAUCUUCAGCAUUUCAAGAUAAUUUUCAUGGAAACACUGCAAUUCAUUGGGCCAUAGUUGCACGCAACUCUACUGCUGUCACAACAUUGGUAACAAAUGGUGCUAACCUCACAACCCGCAAUAAUACUGGACAAACGCCUUAUGAUCUACUUAAAGGAAAUAGAGACAUGUUUCUUAGUGAGAAAGUGCUGGAAAAAAUGGAAGAGGUGGAGAGAAAUUCCAGACCAAAGUCUACAUGUGAUCGACUUACUAAAAAUAAGAAAGUUAAGGUGUGGAUCACAGGUCUUAUUCCAGCUUCAGGCAUUUUUAUUAUUGGACAAUUAUUUCAGUCAUCAAUUCCAGUACCAAUUAAGUGUGUUAUUCUUUUGUUAAGUUAUGUAUUUGGAUAUUUUGCACGCCCUUACGUGUGUAACGACAAAUAUUUUACUGUUCUUCCCCUUGCAACUUAUUUUGGAACAAAGUUUUGGGUUUACAUGACAUGGCUGGUUUGGAUAGUGCCUCAUGUAAAUAUCUGGUCCACCAUUGCUAUGCUUAUCAGUUCUAUACUUCUUUGGUACAAUUUCUUGAAAGUUUGGAAAGGUGAUCCGGGUAUUGUGUCAAGCACAAGAGAGGAGAAAUUCAGGCUCAUCAUUGAUGAAGCCGAAAAAAGAGGAUUUGACUCCCGCUCCUUUUGUAGUUCAUGUCUAGUACAUAAACCUCUUCGCUCGAAGCAUUGUGGUGUGUGUGACCGCUGCAUUGCCAAACAUGAUCAUCAUUGUCCAUGGGUUUCAAACUGUAUUGGAGAGAAAAAUCAUCGUCACUUUAUUGGCUAUUUGAUCAUGCUUUUAGUUAUGAUCUUUUUUAUGAUUUAUGGUGCUUCACAGUAUUGGCAGAAAGCCUGUGAUAUACCGUCGUCUUCAGGAUUUUUCGGAAGCCUCAUUGCCUCUGCCCAGUGUGAUGCAUGGGUCAUGUGGAUCACAUUCAAUUGUUUCCUACAUGCUAUUUGGGUGUUCUUGCUUCUUGGUUGUCAAACUUACCAGAUUGUAAUUUUGGGUAUGACAACAAAUGAAAGAUUAAACCAUUGGCGCUAUCAACAUUUUCAGCAGGGAGGUGUCUCCCAUAGUCCAUUCCAUAGAGGAUAUUUCCAAAAUUUAGUUGAUUUCUUUGGCUGGCAUUGUUUUGGAUUAUUGCACCCAGAUCAAACAGAUUGGUCAAAGACAUUUCAUGUGGGUGCGGAGGCAGAACACCCAUUACUUAACACCAAAGAAAACUACCAAUAUGUUUAAAACACAUAUUAAUGUUAGCCGGAGUAAGUGCCAUUCCCAGACUGUUAAUUUUCGUAAGCUGAAUAGCGGGGUCAGACUGAGAUGCAGCACACCCAAGUAGAGUGCUCUACGCACAAAUUAAAUUGUAAGUAAAAUUUUAUGUGGUGCUGUAUUUUCCAGGACCAUUAUCCAAGCUGAAUAGUAAAGAAACUUGCAGUUUAUGGGGGAUGAUACUCAUUGUUCUUCAAUGUGUUAAAUAAGUUUCACGUCAAUUAACGUAAUGUUAUUUUAUAUUUAUUUGUGAGUUUGGAGUUAAGCUUACUGCUGAUUGAGGAAAAUCUAUAUUGAGCUUUUGCCCUUUUAUAAAGAAUUUGCUGAAUUAGUGCAGUGUAAAGUUGCUAACCUGUAGCACUCUGGAAAUUUUGAGAAGUUUUGGAUUCAGGUGAUGAAGUACUGUAUUUAGAAUAGUUAUUAUUUCUCCCUACGCUGGACAUAGGGUGCAGUCUGCCUAUUGAUCAACUACAUAUUAACAUGUAACAUUUUUGAGAUUACCCCUUCUGUAUUGUGCUAACAUGUCAACAUUCAUUUUAUAAUGUGAUUUAGUAUUUUCAUACAGCUAUAAGAAUAGUUUGUGCAUCUUGGCUCUACCAUAUUCAAAACCACUCAUCAAUUUGAUUGGUUUUCUUAUGGUAUUGAUCAAACGCUCAGGAAAAGAUAAAGUUAAGUUUGAUUUGAAGCUCGACUUGUUACAAACCGCUUGUCCCUUUUGUAAAGCACACACGGCGCUUCGGCGCUUUGGCGCGGCGCUGGUAAAACCACGCAAGGUACGUAUCAGUAUUUUUUUUUAUUUUUUUUUGACAUUUUCAGACAACUUGUAUAUUGUGAUAGACGGAAACUUCCUCUUUCCAAUAGUAUAGGUCUCAAAAAUCAUCCCUAAACAGAGUUGCGUGAUUUCGCCAGCACUGGAGAGCCAUCCGUGCUUUGCAA